ACCUAAAUGUCUGGUUAGCUGUCAGGUGACUAAUUUCUUUGAAGUGUAAAUAUUUUGUUCUAAAUUACAUUACAAUUAGAACUUUUCAAAAUGAAACAUAAAUAUUUUUUCGUUUGUGCUGGAUUGUUUUUCUCUUUGAGUGUGGGCCUAUUUACUUUAGUUUAUUCUGCCCAGACUAAACCGUUUAUAGAUGAAAUAUUCCACAUCCCACAAACUAUCAAAUAUUGCCGUGGACAAUUUGAUGAGUGGGACCCUAAAAUCACCACUUUGCCUGGGCUCUACUUCGUGUCUGUUGGUGUGCUAAUGCCUCUGUCUGCCGUCACAGGCCUAGAUCUCUGCUGUGUCUUUGGUCUACGAGCCAUCAACUUGGUUGUCUCUGUCGUCAAUUUCUACUUGAUUUAUAAAAUAACGAAGCUUCUGCAUCCUAAUGUGACGGAGGAGUGGAAGGUUCUGAUGACCGCAGCUAACCUCGCUCUGCUACCACCUCUGUACUUCUUCACAUUCCUGUAUUACACCGACACAGUGUCCACAUGUCUGGUGUUGUUGUGUUACCUGCUUCAUCUCAGGAAGAGACCGUGGCUGUCAGCUAUAGCAGGUUUUAUGUCAGUGGUGACCAGGCAAACCAAUAUUAUUUGGGUUGCGUUUUUCACUUUGGAAGCGAUUGUGGAAUUCUUGAAAGACGAAGCAGUCUGGAGGAGGAAGAAGAAAAUUACAAAUGCUGUUGAGUCAAGCUUCAAGUAUUUACAGGUGUUAAACUUUGCCGCCUCCGAGCUGAUGAGACAAGACUCCUACCGCAUUGGACACUUUAUCGGCCGCGUUCUGGCCGAUGUAAUCGGUUAUGUAUUCGUCGGACUAUCCUUUCUCAUCUUUGUCGCGUACAACCGGAGUAUCGUGGUCGGAGACAAAUCCGCUCAUUCUGUCACUUUACAUUUCCCGCAGCUCCUUUAUUUCGCCCUCUUUGCCUCUAUAUUCGCUUGGCCACUUUUUAUCGUAAAAGUGAGGCAGUUUUUCCAAGCAGUGCUUAUAAGACGUAUGUACUACGUUGUCGCACUUGGUUUGUGUGUUUUAGCAAUCCAUUUCAACUCUAUGGCUCACCCUUACUUGCUUGCGGACAACAGGCAUUACACUUUCUACAUUUGGAAACGUUUAUUGUCGAAAGAUAAACUGCGGGAUUUGGUCAUACCUUGGUAUAUUUUCGGAUUGUAUUGUAUACAAGAUUGUAUCAAGCAUAAAAGUAUAAUAUUUCAAAUUGCCUAUUGGGGUUGUAUAGUUUUGAACUUGGUGCCUCAAAAGCUGUUGGAAUUCAGGUACUUUAUUGUGCCAUACUUGAUGUUCAGGUUACAGGCCAAGCCGGGGCUGUUUUGGCAAUUGUUGUUUGAAAUGCUGCUCGCUCUCGCGAUCAAUAUUGCAACAGUUGUUUUAUUCGUUACCAAAACUUUCUAUUGGACUGAUAGUGCAGAACCGCAAAGGUUUAUUUGGUGAUUUUCAAUAUUUGAAAAUUUUGUUAUUGCCUUAAAAUUUGUAAUAUACAGAGUAAAGUGUGAGAUGCAAGACUGCUUUAAAACUAUGGGUCUCUAAAUCAGUACCUUUCUCUAGUAACACUUUACUCAAAAUCUAAAAUGACACUGUGUAUAUUUUUAAAUCUAUUGAUCAGGUUGGUUUGCACUGUAAGAACGUAUGCUAAUAACUUCAUCAUUUGGAUUUCCAUAUAAUCAAAAUAAUUUCCAAUUAUAAAUCAAACAAUCUUAUUAGAUAUCAAUGUGUUACUAGUCUUGUUACAACUUUUAAGGCAGUUAUUAGUGUUACAAUAUUUGUAACGUUAGUAUUUUAGAACGGUUUUAUAGCCAACUGUGGUUCUGUUUUGUGAACCAUAGUUUGGCGUUUUGGGUUUAUUCAAAGUAUUUUAUUGCAGUUUCUACAUUCGCACAAGCAUGUUCUUACUCUUGUACAUUCUAGUUAAAUUAUUUAGCUUAACCCUAGAGAAAAACCGUGAGCGUUAUUAUGAAUGAAUUGAAUAAAGUAGUCAAGUCUUAUGGAACAUUUUUGAAAUAACGUAGAAAACUAGUUGAAAAUAAACCCCAUUCUGAGAGGGGCUAGUAGGGUAGUGAAUAUUUAGAAAUUUGCUUCAACAAUUUUGUUUUUUGCAGACGAUAAAAAAUUAUUUCUGAUUUAGAAUAGUUUCAUAUCUUUUCUACGUUAACAAACAGUAGUCAAUAGAAAACAUUUUACUUAGUUUCAUAAAAGUAGCUAUAGCUAAUGAUGAAUUCUAUAGUUAUUUAUGUAACUAGUGCACUUUGCUCUCGCGUCAAACAUUAUAUUUUUCCUACAGUUACUAUAAAGCAUAUAAAUAACUAGUCUUUCAAACACUAACACACGUUUUAGGUUAGGUUAAAUUCAAGCGUUGAAUGAAAAUAGAACGUUAAAACGAAACAACAGGUUAAGUCGUAGUAUCAAAAUUCUAAAGGCUGUGAAUCACUGCACCAGCUGAUUGUAGUCGUAUGUUUAAGUUUUGCCUACUUACUUCCAAGCGUAUACGUAUUACGUGCCUAAUAAAACCACACUGUUUUGUGCUUUUCGGUUGGAAUACUGGUGUGAGGCAAAAAAGUUAGUGUAGAAAAGUAAGUAAAUACAGCAAUUAGCAACUUUGCGUGCUAUAAUCAGUGCAAGGAAGCCUGCUUUGUCAGGUAACUGUGGGAAAAACAUUUUUUAUAUUCAUUUUAAACAGAAUAAUAUUUUUUGUAACAUACAUUCAAUGAGAAGCAUUAAUUUAAAUAAGAAUAACUGUACAGAUACAAAAUCAAUAGAUUAGAUUUUUAAAUUCUAGCUGUUAUGAUGGGUUGUCUUUAAAAUUCCCACUAUAAUGUCUUGGAUGAAUCGGUUCAAUGAAAGGCCCAAAGAAACAGCUGAUCUCAUGUCAGGAAAAAACCUACAAAGUUAAUCUCACUCCAACAUACAUUCUUGCAAUCAUUUUCAGCUUAAAAAGUAGGCGACUUCGCUGUUUCAAAAGCCCUAAUAAUGUUAAUAAAAUAGAUAUACAGUUUUUUUUUUCAGCUAGUGCUCCCUCUUAUCCAGACACCUUUUAACCGGACAUCGGUUUAACCGGACUACAACUCGGCAGAAAUGACAUCUCUUUAACCGGGCAAUUUUUAUCAGCACAUUGGUUUAACCGGACUGGAUCGGCAGGAAGUGGGCAGUACUGAAACGACUGUUCUCGUGGGAAAGAUUUGAGACCAGUGAUCACGUGUCUAAAUACAAUGCUCUCCUAAAUUUAAGUUGAAUAUCACAGUAAACAGUCCGUUUUAAUGAGUUUUUGGGGACGUCGGUUUAACCAGAAAACCCGUUAUCCGGACUGGCCUCGGUCCUGAGGAGUCCGGAUAAGAGGGAGUCUACUGUAAGUAAUUGAAGAAUUUAAGUAUUUUAUUAUUUUUACAUCAAUUUUGUUAAAUUACAAUUUAUUUCACCUUAGUCUUGGCUUUAUUGAAAACAAAUACUGGGAGUUCGCCUGCACACUUUAUAAUUUUAUGCCUUAUGGAAUUGCAUCUUAUUUUUUGUACUAUUUACUAUCUUUGCCUGUAUACUAUUAUCACUAUACAGCUUUGUGUAAUUUGAAAAUAAUUUACUGAGAUUUCAAACAAUUAAUACUGUUAUGGAUUAUUUGUUGCUAUAAAUGUAUAGAUCUCAUAUAGUUUAGUCUCUACUUUUGUUUGAAAAUAUAUUUAAAUUUGUUAAGUGGAUUCUUAAACAAAGAUUUUAAUUGUAAAAUAGUUUAAACUUAAGGGAUUUUUAUAUAAUUCUGCACA